AUGUCAAUCCAAACAACAAGAGGAUUUUAUGCUAAAACUCUAACUGAAAUAAAUGAACUAAUUAAACUUAAACGAAAUGAACUUAAAGAUAAAGGAAAAUAUUUCGAAAAUGCUUUAGCAGCAAGAAACGAAAUGGAUAUUAAGGUAUUUUUAUGGAAAUUGUCUCAAAUUUUUAAAAAUCAAAUUUUUCUUAAAAUUUUAAAAACCGAACUAAAAAAAUCCGCAUUUUAUAUCAAAAUCCGCAAAAAAUUAUAA